ACGGCGAUUGCGUCGUGUAAUGUGUUGAGAAGUUAUUUGCCUGUAAUUUUAAUAGUUUUUGAAUUAACUGUAGAUUUAAAAUGCGUUGGUGUUAAUCAGUAGAGCCUGUUGAGUAUUUUUAGUUUUUGGCUUUGGACGGACAAUAAAAUAAAGUGUGUGACAUUGAAUCGUGUUUUUACUGUUGCGGGUUCACGUCGUCGAGACUUCUUUUCCCUGCAAGCCUCGCUGGACAUUUAAAAGAAAUCGCGUACGCUUUCAACACCUACCUCGAGCCUUAGUCUGUAUUCAACACUGCCAACUAUUCCGCCCUUAUGUGCUUAAAGCUAUGCUAGACUAGUUGUAAGGACGUGUACAGAUGCCCUUAGCCUGCUAAAUAUAAGGACGUGUGCACACGAGACACUUGUUAGAAAAGUUCGUAAGGCCAAAAGACACCUGCUAGAACAAAUUUUAAGCUAAACGCCAGAACAAAGAUAAGUGCACAAGGACUGCUGUAAGGGUGUGUUCACACGAAAGACGACGAAUGUGUGGCUAUGAGUCUGUCUGCUGAUGAGGCCCGUGCGGCCAGGAUACAGAAGUAUAAAGAGGAGAGAAGGAAGCAGCUCACUGCUAGAACGGCGACGCUCUUCUCGACGAAUGUUACUGAUAGGCGUCCGAAAAAGGCAGGAUCCCGGACACCUCUAGAAGAUGCUGCUCACAAUCAAAAGUCUUCCUCGGAGCUAAACCUCUACACCGCUUCAACUUCCGUGCCUAUCAGAACCACGCGUACUUCUCGCCUGCGAGCCGCCGCAGCCAACAAUGACUACCAACCUCGCAAGUCCAGAAGGAGCUCCUCCGAACUCUCCCUGCUAGAAGACAAGAAUCGAACACCCAAGAACUCCAAACUAGUAGAUAGAGAUAAACAAAGAACAACGAACAGAAGACAGAGCCACGAGAAAGAGAAUCUUAAAAACACAAGUUUUCCUGACAAAGAUGGUGCUAAAAAACUUAAACAUUCCAGUAAAAAUACUUUAGAAAAAGACAAAUUAAUAUUAGUGACUAGUCCUAAACAUAGAAAUGACCAAAAUUUUAAGAUUGACAGGAGCAAAGCGACGGAAGAAAGUUCCAAUGACAAAGACAAGUUUGAUGAGAUAUACGAUGAGUUGCAAACUAAAGAUAUUCCUAACAUAGAAGUUAAGUUAGCUGAAGUACCGGUAGAGUUAGUUAGUGUGAAAGUGGAUGUGCCAAAUAAGAGUGAGGGCUUGCUCGGUGCCGUGUGUGUGCGCAAAGUGGAGAGGUUCAGUGAGCUGCUAAGUAAUCUGUGUUCCCCGUGCGAAGCGGAUGUACUAUUUGAGGAUAUUCUUGUGGAGAAUGGAAUCGACGGCCAAAAUGAAGUGCGUGUGAAAGCACCGGAGUGCACGCCGCCAUGCCGCCGCGGUCCGUCGCGCAUCGCCCGCGCCCCCGCCGCGACAGACGUCGAUGGUUCAACGCCGAAAACAAGAAUACGACGCUCCCUAGAAGCUUCGCACGCCAAACCUGACACAUCGCAGUCUUCAGAUGUUACAUCGAAAAGCGCUCUGCAAUUUGGUUUCAAGGCUAUAACUAGCAAAUCCUCGGCUGCACACGUAAGGACCCCUGAGAAACGUCGCAGCCUUGAAGUUGGCACCAAACCAAGUUGUAUCCCGUUAUCUAAAAAGACUCCAGACAGCAAAAACAGAAUAUCCACUUCUCCCGUUAAGCUGGACUUAACGAGAGAGCUGAAAAUUGAAAAUCCCAAAAGCAAAAUAGAAACGACCAGAGCUAGAACUACAAGAAGGAGCCCCGAAAAGCCGAAAAGUGAUUCCGAGACGAAUCGAAAGUUGAAAACGCAUCGAGCUCAAAAGGAUACGACGAGUCCUACUGAAAAAUAUCAUAAUUCAAAGAAAAGACUGACUAGCUUAGAUAAUUCGCCAAGAAACGUGAAUAAUUCUAAAAGUUCAUCUAGUAAAACUGUAGUAAACGAAAACUUAGACGUUUGCUUAAAUCGGGACCUUAAUGUUCGUCAAUUAGAUAGCCCAAAAACUGAACCCACGAUGUCCGCGCUUCACGAAACUCCCAGACCUGCACACGCAAGCUCUCGACUUUCACAGGAAAUGGAUAGCCUAGUUGCAUUGACAAAACAAACAUUAGAUAGGGUUAGUAAAUUAAAUGCAAGCAGCAAUAAGAUGCAAUCCAAUACCUCUACCAAUUAUGAUCCCAUUUUGACUGUUAAUACUGACCAAAAAAAUAAUACCCAAUCUUAUAAUCAUGGCCUUACAAACGAUAAAAUAACACCAAACAGAGGUGUUUUGGAAAGAUUGAACGACAUAGAUAUGGCUGCUCAAAGAUUAAUUGACUUUGAAAAACAAAGUGCAAUGUUUUCUGAUCUCAGUAGUGAGUUGUCUAGUCAAAAUCGCCGCCUUGAUGCGUCGUCGUCGUACCACACUCCCGUGUCGAUUCUAAAAAGGAAAUCCAUAAACGAAGAAAGUACUGCAUCGAACAGUCCCAAUCAUCUCAUCGCAUCUCCCCCGGUAACAUUUUCGCCGAGUGUUAUCGAGCCCCACAAUAGUCACUCUGAAAAUCGACAACGACAAGGUAUACUGAAAAAGCGGCGCAGUUUAGAUGAGUCUCAAGUAGCUAGAAGAAGAUCGUGUAGCCCGGAGGUGUCCUUUGCGGACGAUGGAUCUUCUGAUAACUGUAAAUCCAUAUUAAAGAACAGAAGAUCGUCUCUAGAAGAUAUUAUCCGAAAUCGGUCGCCCGACGGGCAAAUUCAAGGUAUUUUGAAAAGAAAAAUGAGUAAAGAGGAGGAAACUGUUACCUAUGAUGUUUCUCAUGGAUCUCCCGAACCGCAAGGUAUAUUAAAACGCAAGUCGAAUUCCAGCUCAAGCAGUAGUACUAAUUCGUCACAUGUGUCGAUCGCUCAAGCAGUUCUGCUGGCGGCUGCAGGCGGUGCGGAGAUAGUCGAGGAUGACAAAGAAAUUGUACGACCUAUACUGAAAAAGAAAAGUUUCUCGGAGGAAAGACCGUGCCCAGUCGUGUGCUUGCCCGAAACGCCUAAACCGAUAUUGAAAAAGAAAUCAACCGAACACGAGGAGUCCGACUACGAUCUGCCUAAAAAACCAAUACUGAAAUCCGCAAAAAAGUUUUCUGUUGAUGAGGGCCACACGUCCAGUUUCGAUUUGAGCGAGGACGAUAGAAGCUCGCGAAGAUCCUCACUACUUCGAUCGCGAGCCUCCGAUCACUCGGGCUCCGAAUGCGAGACGACAGUUAAGCCUAUUUUGAAGCAAAGAGGCUCGAGUCUCACGAGGGAACGGAGCCAAUCGCCUCGCCCACGUCUGUCAUUCUGCGCAGACAACGACGUGAAAAUUAGCCCAUUAAAUUUCAGUGCAGAUGCGAACGACGUGCAAGCGGCUGGUCCGCCACGAGAGAACGGGGAAAACGGCCCGGAAGAGAGUUAUCCCAGUGCAGUGAUACGACGUCGCAGCCUGCGACCCAAGUCGAACCCUCGCUCCAGGAGCUUGAUGUGCGAUGUUAACGUUGAACUACUUUCAAUAUUAAACGAUCGUCGUUUGAAAGUCGAGGAGAACUGUAAUGGGAGCGCCGAGUCGAGUAAGGAAUCGCCGAGCGAAGGUACCGGAAAGUCGUUCCCGUCGAUAGCCUCCCGAAUAAAAAGCAUGGAGCAGGCGCUGACCAAGGAGAAUUUCCUGAAGAACCAGCCGUCGACUUCCAAAGGUCGGGUACGCGACAGGGAGCGUCACAGCACCCAGCCUGUCACCGUCGACGAGAUGAAAUCUGCCACGUCAAGUUUGGAGCCGAGCCAAGCGGGUUUCCGAGCGUACUCCGCGGCGGGCUGUAGUUUUCCGAGCCGCCCCGUCGAGGCCGGUGCUGCUGACACGAGUGAGUCGGACCACCCCCUGGGAACCCCUCCCUUCGGAGAGACCCGAGCGAACGGUCCAUCGGACGCCGGUGAGGCGACUUUUUUAGAUUUCGAAAAGCUCGCCCGGUACGGCGAAAGACACUCGACCCUUGACGAGAUCGAGCGAGAAGUGAAUAAAGUGCGCGUGGCCUUGGACGAAGACAGCAGGGCUCUGGACGAGGACGAGAGCCAGCAGGCCGAAGACAACUGGAGCCUCAACGUGUCGUGCGACAGCGGCGUCUACAACCGCGCAUCCUCGCGCGAGUCCGGCCCCCACUCCGGCGAGGAGCUAGGGUUGAUUGAGAGUCAGGAUAUAAAGGAGAAUCACGCCACUAACAGUAGCGAGGAUUGGUCGCCCGCUUCCAUAGAGCAGAGCCUCAUUAAGAUGGACCGGCAGAGGAAAUCCACGGAGAAUGAUGCUCUCAGAUCUCCGGAUACGGGGAAUAAGGAUAGCGAUGAUGAGAAUGAGCAUUCUGGGUUCGCCCUGGGCCUCGUGAAGAGCAACAGCGUGGUGGCCAGAGCCAGCAUGUGGCAGCAGCUGCAGCAACAAGCUAAAGGCCAGCCAAAACCGUUACUUCGUCACAGUCGCUCUAAGGUAAAGGAGGGACCAUCCGUGACGGAGCGGUUUCCUAUCCAGGCCGUCAGAUCGCCUGUCAACAACGAAUCGCCUGGAGAAGCAUUCUCUCUCACUCAGUCUAAGAGCACCGCGAACGUGCUAGACAGAGACGACGAUGCUAAGCUAGACGAAGACGACCCGGCGAAGAUGUCACUUAUGGAGAAGAUGAAGUUGUUCAACUCAAAGUUGACUCACAAGCCGCCGCCAGCGGGGCUGCCCCGGCCGAAAGAGGAGCGGGUUCCGAGGGCGUCCCGCUUAAGGACCAUGCCGGUUCUGGCGAGCCAAGUCCAGGAGGCGAUGGAGCAGAACGAGAGGCUCUCCAAGUCCUUAACCCACGAGGACGUCCCCAGAAACCCAGAUUUCCAACUCAAAAUGGAGCUGUUCCGAUCGGCGAGCUCUAAAAACACGUCGUUGCGCUACCUCAUGAGAAACGACGCGAAGUUUAGGAGUCUAGAUCUCGACGACGACGAUUCGCCAACAGAACGAGCCCAGAGGAUGAUCACACCAGAAGUACGAGGCAUCUUGAAGACCGGCUCCACGACCAUACCCUCCAAAACUAAAAUUUUGGCUAAAGGAGAAAGCUCGGAGGGGCUGAAGGACGAGGGAAUCGACAGUUCCUCUGAAGAUGAUUCCGUUACUUCCAGCGUAUCAUCGUCAGAGAAGAGCUCAUCAUCAGAGAGUUCCGACGAGAUGCCCGGACCCAAAGCCAGGAGGUUCCAGCGGAAAAACAAGCUCAAACAGUCCAGAACAGAAUCUGACAUAACCAGAGUCAAAGAUCCGUUCCCGCGCAAAAUACAACUACCAGGAGCGGCAGAGUUCAAGGAGAGAUUGAAUCAAGCUAAGAACCAAGGAAUUUUGAAUCAGACCAAGAACCAAGAAAUAUUGAAUCAGACCAAGAACCAAGAAAUAUUGAAUCAGGUCAAGAACCAAGAAAUUUUGAAUCAGGCCAAGAACCAAGAAUUAAUGAAUGAGGCCAAGAACCAGGAGGUAAUAAAUCAAACUAAGAAUCAAGAAAUAUUUAAUCAGGCUAAGAACCAUGAGAUAUUAAAUCAGGCCAAUAAACAAGUUUUAAACCAUGCUAAACCACAGGAGGUUAAAGCACCAAUAAUGCUUGCGAAAUUAGCAAGAAAGCCUUCCGAAGAAGCGAAAGUAGAAGAUGAUAAAUUCAAGAAGAUUGUCAAGCCAACUGAACCGCUACAGCUCGGCAAGCUGCGGCGGCCUAUGGAAAAAGCUGUGUCUAUGGAUGAGAAACCGCCGUUGCUCAAAAUAUCCACGUUGAAUCAGGCCGCUAAGAACAGAUUCUUUGGGUUAGAAGGAAAGAAUGAGAAGAGUGUCGAUGAGCUCACGGCUGCAGUAAGAAAGUAUAUACAACCGGUGAGCAAGUCCCUGUCCGUCGCCGCGAUGGAGGGCGGGUCGGGCAGCGACGGUGAGAGCAGUGGCGGCCGGGAGGUGCGACACAUCAACACGCGGCGACAGAGAUUCGGCGCGGGAGUGCAGCGGAGCGCCACACACUCCGACAUGCCGAAUCGCGGGGGCACCAUCGCCGAAAGGCUAGCGGCUCUGCAAGCGGCUGGCGCCAACGACUGGCGCGCGCGCGUCUGCCGUCUCAGCCCAGACAGAGAGGAUAGCAAGGCGAUAGAACGGGCGAAGAAUAAGAUCAAUGAGUCGUUGAACGCGAGCGUGGAUGAGAAGAAGAAGGUCCACAUUGAGGAGAACGAGCUUGGGUCCAACAUCCUCGCCGAGAGACGGAACAAGCUAGAGACAGCGGCACAGGGAUGGCGCAAGCGCGUGCCGGCGAGCGACGCGACACAGUUCACUGUCGCGGGGCGGCUGGAGCGCGACAAGGUGUCGCCGCCGCUGACGCCGCUCGCCCCGCUCUCCGCCACGCCGCCCGCCACUCCCGUCACGCCCGCCGUACCGCAACAAAACCGCUUCAGGUCCCGCAAAGCCCCGCAGUCGCCGCAAGGGCCGCUGCGGUCGGCGUCGUGUGCGGUCGUUGCGGAGCCGCCUGAACGUAACGACCGUAACGACCGCGAGAGCUUCAAGCGUAGUCACAGCGUCAGCGAGACGAUCGGCAAGGUGGAUGAGAACGAGGAAUCAUGCGCGGAACGCAGCGGCUCGCAGGUGCGUGUGCCGCGCGCGGACGACGAGGCCUUCCGGGCGUUCUUCCCCGAGCGCACCGCCGCACCAGACCUGGACGUAGACCUGGACGUAGACCUGGACGCCAUAGACAGCGGGGACAGACAGAUGUUGGCGGGUGAGUGGGCGCGUCGUGCCAAACGCGAGCGGCGGCACGUGUCUCGCAACCCGCUGCGGGCGUUGGCGGCGCGCACCGACCUGCGGGACCGGUACCGCGCCCAGCCACCCGACAGCCAGAGAGAGAACGGACAGAAGGAGAAUGGACUUAGAGAGAAAGUAACAGGCAACGUGGGUCUGGCGGCCGAAGCCCUAGCGGCGCUGGCGAGUAAGGAGGACUUCUCUAGCGUGGCGCUCCGCAGCGCGGCACAGGCGCCCGCGCAGGGAACUCGGGACCUUAUGCUUUUGCACGUGAAGGGGCGACGGAGGGUGCAGACUCGCCUAGUUGAACCUAUUCACAGCAACGUGAACCGCGGUGACUGCUACCUGCUGGUUACCCCCGAUCAGCUCUACCUAUACAUCGGGCUAUAUGCCAACGUCAUUGAGAGGAACCGUAGUACAGACAUCGCUCAGCACAUCAUCAAUUCCAAAGACCUGGGCUGUAAAAACUCCACCGGCAUCAUAAAAAUCGACGAGCAAAUGAAAAACUACUCCAACAAACACUGGAACCAGUUCUGGUCAUUACUGGGCGUCACCGAGGGUAUAGAGAACUACGAACCUGCUCCUACUGGUCCCUCGGAGGAGGACGAGAUUUUUGAGUCCUGCAUCAUCCAAACCAACAUGUGUUACGAGGUCAUAGAUGAUGAACUCGUCCCAAUCCAGGAGUACUGGGGCCAAAUGCCAAAGAUCGCUAUGCUCAACCAAUCCAAGGUCAUCGUUUUUGACUUCGGCUCCGAAAUGUAUAUCUGGUAUGGUAAGAAUGUGCCCCUAGAGAGUCGAAGAAGGGCUGCCCAACUAGCCCAGGAGAUGUUUGAUGAGGGAUACAAUUAUGAGGAGUGUCAUAUCAAUCCGAUCUUUGCGGCGUCGUCCCAAGGAACCAGGCAGGGGGCCGACUCGUCCGUAAAAUCCGCAAAAUCUCGUCCCGAGUGGGCCAUCCUGUCCAAAAUUACGCAACACAUGGAGACUAUUCUGUUCAAGGAGAAAUUCCUGGACUGGCCCGAUUAUUCUCGCGUCAUCAAGGUUAAAGCUCAGGAGAAUAAGACCAACAGCGUUGAAAUAACCCCCUGUGAUGCUGAGGAGAUGUGGUCCAAUGAGUAUGAGGAUCCUGAUCUCAUUCUAGAAGGAUCCCAUAUUGGGCGCGGCACCCACUACUACGAUAAGGAGAACAUGAGACACUACGACAUCAAAACCAAGUCGGUCUGCAAGUGGGUCAUCCGCGAGAACGAUUACCAGAAAGUCGAAAAUGAGGCUGAAAUCGGAGAAUUCUUCUCCGGAGACAGCUAUAUCAUCCGUUGGGAGUAUAUAAUUACUGUGACGGGUCGGGAACUGAACGGGAAACCGUCGAAACAUAAUGUUACUGGUCGGGACAGGUGUGCGUACUUUAAUUGGCAAGGCAAAGACGCAUCUUCCAACGAAAAAGGUACCGCAGCCCUGCUGACUGUGGAGUUAGAUAAGGAAAAGGGCCCGCAGGUCAGAGUAGCUCAAGGCAACGAACCUCCCGCCUUCCUGAAUCUCUUCCAAGGGAAACUGAUCGUGCAUCAGGGGAAGAUGAACGUCGAUAAGAGCCGUUAUCGCUUGUACAUAACUCGCGGUAAUGUGUCAAAUGAGGCCUACUUUCUUCAAGUUCCUUGCUCUAUAAGACAGCUACGAAGCAGAGGUUCAUUGCUGUUGGUUGAUACCGAAACCACUAACAUGUACAUCUGGCAUGGCGCCCGAAGCCUCAAGCAUACGAAGCAAGUAGCUAUUGAAUUGGCAAACAAGCUAGUAGCGCGGCAAUCGAGCUAUCUCUUCGGUAACAAUGUUGCCAACGUCAAAAUAACGGAAGUCCAAGAAGGGGAGGAGCCUAAGGCGGUGCUAGAGGGCUUGGGCGUGACAAACAAACAGUACUACAAUUCCGUGAUGAGUGUAGGCAAGGAGCCGGCGGCUGAUGUGACGCCUAGGCUGUUCCAUUUCACUGAUCUGGGUGGACAGUUCGAAGCGAACGAAGUGUUGUCUCCCCUACGUCAUGAAAGUUUGGUCACACCGUUCCCAUUCGAACAAAAAGAGCUGUAUUCUUCAUCGCAACCUGCGUUGUUCCUAGCGGACGACGGUUGCGUGUUGUGGUUGUGGCAGGGCUGGUGGCCGCGCGGCGAGGACGGACAGCUAGAGCCCGCCGAGCGCAGCGCAGGCGUCGGAGCGUUCGCGUCGCGAUGGCAGGCGAUGCGUACUGCGGCGCUGCGGACCGCGGACGCGUAUUGGCGGCUAUCUCGCUCGCACGCCCUGCCCCCUGCCUCGCCGACCGCCCCGCCUACCGCUACCGCCGAUAAACCGGACAGCCGGAUUGCUGAAAAGCCGGAUAUCCGGAUCGUCGCGGCCGGCCUAGAACCGCAGCAGUUCACAAACCUGUUCGAUACUUGGUCGGAACACGAUGAGGCCGCCGAAGCGAAUAUCGCUCACGGGUGGAAGGCGGGCUCGUAUCUCGACGGCGCGCGGGAGCUGGCGCGGCUGAGCGGUGCUGGCGCGUUGCUGCCUCUAGCCGCGCUACAGCGCCGCCCCCUCCCGGACCACGUGGAUCCCCAGCACCUCGAGAAACACCUCACCGAUGGGGACUUCCAGGAGGCGUUUGGAAUGACCAAAGAGGAGUUUGCAGGGCUGCCCGCGUGGAAACAAACUAACUUGAAGAAGGACAUAGGCCUGUUUUGACCCACUCGCCGUGCCCAUGAGUCGAUUCAACGCCCUCUAGCGGGCUAAAACAGCAACUGUGUGGCUGAAUUCAAAUCAACAACUAACGAGCAGAAGUCAAUCCAGCAGCUGUCAAGCUGAAGUCAAAUCAGCAACUGUACCGAGCUGAAGUCAAAUCGGCAACCGUUUUUCUACAAGCGAACGUUUCGUACUUUUUUAUUGAACGAUGGAUUUGAUACAAUAAUGUUAGGGGCACGCUUUAAAAUUUUAUAGGAAUAAAAAACAGUAACCUUUUGUACUAACGAAUUGUAACUAUGUAUUCGUUCACGUGAUAUUUACCGAGUUAGUAUAUACCGAGAUAGUAGCGAGCUGAAGGAUUUGACGGUCGGAAUUGUUUCCGUCCUUGUCACACGAGCACUCUUUGUAUAUAGUUUUAAUUUAUUUACUUAAAACUCGUACUGUAUUCUACUCUGUUUUUUAUUGUAAAUGUGUUUUAUGUUUUACGUGCUCGCGUGACAAACGGCGGCAAAGUGAUAUUUUUGUGGUGGCGCAUCUUCCUCCUCUGUCGCACCAAGUAGAGUAAGAAACCGUACCUUUUGGCCCUAUAUACGCUACGUCUUAUACGCUUUAGGGUAGGCUUAUUUAUUCUUAGAUACGAAAAUAUAUACAAAAUGUUGUGAUAUCAAUUUUAACGGGUUCAGCCACAUCAGUAAAUUUAAUCGUUUGUAUGUAUUCUCAGUCUAAGAAAUAUACAUCACAUAUCUCUCGUGUAACCACUGGCUAGAGUCUAUAGACCUAUAAGGCUGUAUUGGCGCGGUCAUAUUGCAAAUUGUUAUUCGAUAGACAGAUUUUACAUACUCAUGGGCCAUGGCCCUUCUGUCAAUGAGAUCUAAGUAUAUUCAGCAUUUUGUUUGUCAGCUGUUUUGCACCCCCCCCGUCAUCAACGUGCCAAAACAUCCUUGCCGGUCUUAACUGAGGUGGACCAUUGAACUUGACUGUACCAUAGACUAAUUCUAAUUCGUAAAUCACUGGCUAGACGGCCAGGAAUACGUUGUCGAUCAGUCUUCAAUAGAAGCAUACUCUGCAUACUGUAUCACUCUACCACUAAUAAAAAUAUGGAAACUACAAGUUGGUCCCUGUCUGAUACUUUUAGAGAUGUUUGGCAGUCAUGGACAAAACAUUGUGUAGUUUAUUCAUAUUGCUGAUUUUAUUAGUAAGGAAAAAGUUUCUAUCGUCUUUGUUUCUAAAGUUUAAUAUCGACAAGUGUUUCUAGCUUCGGCCAUUUUAACUGAUUGCAUCAAAAUAAUUCUCAUUUUCCUUAAUAUUCAAUACAUUAACAAUGAUAAAUAAUGACUUUUAAUGUUUAUUUUUGUAAUGUCUUUUUUUUUUAUUUUGAAAUCUGAUUUUUGCCGAUUUCACUGGACUUAUCCAACACGUUCUUUUUUAUUUCUUCUGUAUAGAAUCAACAAUCAAAAUGUAUCGAAUGCACAUAAUAUUAUGAGUCGAAUGUAGAGUUCAUAAUAUUAUCGUAUGCUAAUGUCAAUUCCAUACAUUUUGGAUUGGCGAUUAUUUCGAGAAAUAAAGAAAACUUUUGGCUAAGUAAGUGUAAAUUGGAAUCGUAGUUGAACUUAACGUACUUAUUUUCUCAUAACCUACUAUAUUUAUGCAUUUAAGGCCGACCAUACGGCAACAUGUCUCAUGUUUGAUGUUUUGCUUUGGUUGUGUUACUUAUAACUGUAAUGAUUAUUGUACUUGAAAUUUAUUUUGUAUAUCUAAUAAUGAUGUAAUAAAUUGAUAAAAUUGGUA